GCACCUGCAACGCUUCCAUACACUGCUGCGCAGCCGCAUUGGCCUCGUCCUUUGUGGGAGUCUCUGCCACCCGCGCAAGCGCACCCAAGACCGCCAUGCAGGCCCUCGCAGCAGCCACCGCGUGCAUGCCCAUGGCGCGGCUCGCCGCGCCGCGCCAACAGCAGCGGCAGCAGCGCCAUGCCCCCGCUGCCGCCAGCCGCCGCCAGCAGCCCUGCCGCCGCUCCGCAGCCCGCCGGCUGGUGAUGGUCACAGCUGAGGCUGGCACCAGCGGCGCCGCAGCAGCCUCACAGCUACAGGCCUUCUCCCAGACCGCGCCCCAGCGGGUGCUGGGUGCAGACGGCAAGCUGGCCGAGUUCCCCACCACCGCCGGCGUGUAUGCCGUGUACGACUCCUCUGGGACACUGCAUUACCUGGGCCUGUCACGCAAGAUCGCCGUCAGCCUGGCCACCCAUGUCGAGGCGCUGCCAGAGGGGCUGGUGCACUCAGUCAAGGUGCUGGAGGUGCCCGAGGCAAGCAAGGAGGAGCUGCAGGAGGCGUGGAAGGCCUGGAUGCAGGAGGCGGUGGCGGAGGCCGGUGCCAUCCCUCCAGGCAACGCCUCCGGGCAAACGCUGUGGCAGCAGCGCAGGCCGCGCGCCGCCAAGCCCGAGAUCCGGCUGACCCCCGGCAAGGGUGUGCAGGACCUGACCUGCUCGGUGGAGGACCUGGUGGACCAGGUGGUGAAGACGUGCAAGGUGGUGGCGUUUGUCAAGGGCACGCGCACGCAGCCGCAGUGCGGCUUCUCAUACAAGGUCCUCACCAUCCUGCAGGAGUCUGGCGCCGACUUUGAGGUGGUGAAUGUGCUGGACGAUGUGUACAACCCGGGCCUGAGGGAGGCCAUCAAAAACUACUCCGCCUGGCCAACCAUCCCGCAGGUGUUUGUGGGCGGCGAGUUCAUCGGCGGCGCCGACAUUGUCGAGGAGAUGAACGGCAGCGGCGAGCUGAAGACGGCGCUGCAGCAGGCGGGAGCCGUGCGCGGUUGAGCGGGCAUGCUGCCUGACCCAUGGGGCAUUUAUGUAACAGCACUUGUUGUAAAUAACAAUAACAA